AGUCAUGUUUGCAUAAAACACCAAAGAGAUCACUGAGUAGGAAAUCCCGAAUACCCACAUUCAGCUCUCCUGUUAACGACACUGACAUACAGCAAGAAAUCUUUUGGGAUCCCCAGUCACCAAUCGAACGCAGACUAGGCAAUGGGAAAACCAAACCAUCUGCCAGUAGCUGUGCAGUAGAAAUUUCAGAAAUUGUUAAUCGUAUUGCUCCUCAGGAUGAAAAAGCAGCCUGUAACGAAGGCUCCCUUUUAGGGACGUGGAUUGGAGAGGAUGCCAUUCCCUGCACGCCCGGGGCAGUCAAAGUGCGAGCCAGGACAAAGUUAACCUGCACGAGAGAUCUUAAAAUAAAAAAUCCUGAAGAGGAACUCAUGAAAUUGGCUAAGGAAUUUGAUAAAAAUCUAGUAGAGCUAGACGCUGUUCAGGAGCAAGAGAAGCUUGGUCAUAACUUCAUCCAGACUUCCUCAGAGGUUUUAAAGAACUCUAAAGGUGAAGUAAAUACGAAGAACCUGAAAUCACUUCUUGGUGAAGCUUCUGAAACAGAUAGUGCUCUGUCUCUGAAACCAAUUGGACAGAGCACUGGCAUCCCUGCUGCAGAGCCCUGUCAGUCAAGCAGUCAGAAGUCUGUAGACCUUGAGGCUGAAAUAGCCCUUCGUGCUCUUUUUGACUGCUCCACCCAGAAGUGUACUGGACAGUUGAGCCAAGGACUGUCAGAUAUUUCUUUAAAUAAUAGUGUCCAUGAAAAUGAAAGCACCUUGGAGGAGCAACACCUUCCUGAGGCUAUUAAAGGCGUGCAACAUGUUAAGUCAGAGACGUAUCAAAAAGAUACUCCACGUGCACUAGGAAAUGUGAACAAGACUUUACCAAAACCUGAUGCUCACACGUUGACAAAAAAAAAUCCUUCUUCUUUGAAGACACCAUUGGUGGCCUCCAGUAAGCUUGCUGGAGCAGUUAAUGAUGACUUUGAUGACUGGGAUACAGAUCUUUUGGCAGAUGACUCUUUUGUGAUGCAGAUAACCCAAAAUCCUGAACUGGUAAAUACUGAAGAAGCACCACUGUUGCCUACAAAUGCAUCUGUGUGUGGUUUCAGUGAUGCUGGCAGAACAAUGGAAAAAAAUAGUUGCAAUUCAGUAACUUAUUUGGGGAGCAUACCCAAAUCUAACAGCUUGCAGUUCUCACCUGUGAAAAAUUCUAGUAAAAACACACGAAAUGUUGAAAAAUCUCUUCCUUUACAGAAGCCAUAUAAGAGAGAAAACUCAAAGAGAGAGACCAGAGCCUUUCCUGGCAAACAUGAUGUUAAGCCAGAUAAAAUAAAUUUUGUUUGCAAAGAUGCCCCAAGUGGGGAUUUGAACUAUAUUCCUGUUGCAGUGCAACCUGAAGUGAAGAAUGGAGAUGAAACCAUUCAGCCUACAAGUAACCCUCUUCUUCUGCUUCCUUCAAGAUCUAAUCCCCAUAGACAAUGGACUGAAAAACCUGGGAACAACACACGCAAUAUUUUCUGUCAGUCAUCCAGUGUUUCUACCAAUACAAAACCUAAUGAUGUAACUAAAGUGAUUAACCAAGCUAGUACAGGUCACCUAAAUCAAGUUGAAAUACCAAAGAAACGUCCUCUGGCAUUUGAUGACUGGAAUGAACCGAAAUUCUCCGAGGAGAUCCUAGAUAUGUUCUGUGAAUCUGAUAGUCUUUGGGAUGCAAACUGUGAGGAUGAUGAAUUGCUCUAUCAGGUGUGUGAUGAUAUAGAGAAGCAGACUCAGAGUCAGGAUGUUAAACAAGGAAAUGAAAGAGCCAGAACUGUACAAGGGACCAGUAUGAAUUCCAGAUCAAAUGCUGAUAACAGCUUCCCAGCAUCUAAACAAGGACUACCUGAUCUUUUGGCACAAAAACCAAAUGCAAUCCCGGAUGCUUUCUUAGUAAAUGAUUCCUGUAGGAAUUCAUCGAAGGUUACACGUGGGCUGGCUACAUCAGGUCACAUAGCAAACUGUAAAAACAUCUCAAGUCCUCUGACUGUGACCUCGGGUACUUCUGUGGAGUGUAAAUACACGCUGUCUAAAAACGGUCAUCAGGCUGCUUCUGAAGAUACUACCAAACCUGUUUUGGGGAAGUGGUACAGGUCAAAUUCUGUGCCAGCUGGAGAGACUGUUUCUGAAGUAAGUCCUGUUAAUGCAGUAAACAUUUGCAGUGGCAAAACAUUAAACAACCCAGGUCUUUUGUAUAACGUGGGAAAGGUGCCAAAUAACGGUUCUGGUAACAAAACAUCACUUAUGCCUUCAAAGUUUAAGUUCCAAAAGACUAAAAGUUCUCAGGUUGCUCUUCAUGUAGGAUCAGACAAUCCAGGGACUCAUUCUGGCACUGGAAUUACUCUGCCAAGUUUGGAAGGAAGCAAGAAUCAGGUGAUUCACAGCAAGUUUGACAAUAAGAAACCACCUUUCAAGAGGCACCUUUCGGAAUCUUUUGCACUGUCUACAUCAGCGUCUGCGGUGGAACAAAAAAAUAGGAAAUGUUCUCAGGAGGAGAUUGAAAGGAAAAAACAAGAAGCUCUUGCACGAAGAAAAUCCAGAAUGCAGGCAUUCUUUAAGGACAUUUGA